AUGAAGCAUACUUUAUUAAUUCUUACUUUCGUGACGGUUUUUCCACAAGAAAUUGUCGGAAUUCAGUGUUACUGUGAAGGGCAUUUUGGCGUUACUUGUAUCGACGGAUAUUGUGAAUCAACUUCUUAUUGUAUGAAAACGUGGAUUUUGGCAAACAGCCAGGGAUGUCAAGAAACAUUUGCCGACUUAUCGGAACUAACAUGCCAGACAAAUCGAAAAGGACUUGUUUCGUGUUUUUGCAACACUGACAAAUGCAAUGAUGAUUCGUUUGAAAUUCCAACAGAUGUUGUGCUUACCGUACCGCCAGUCAUGAAAUGCUUCGAAGAUGACUUAAAUGAAGAUAAUUAUUGCUAUGGACACUACUGCAUAUACGAGCGUGAUCUUACUCGAAAUGAAUUUGGCGAUGUAUUCCCGAGAACCGCCAAACCUAGAAGAGGAUGUAGUGACCCAAACUACACUCAAGAUUUGUCUCGUAAAAAUAUGUGCAAAAUUGAAAACGAUUGGCUCCAAUGCAUUUGUGAUACAGAGUUCUGCAAUCGAGAACAGAACAUUGAAGUGCCGUUGGGCAACGUGAUAUGCUAUUUAAGUAAAAGAGAUCAAUCUGAAAGAACCAAGUACUGCAUAGGUCAAAAGUGCUAUUUAUUCUACGAAGACAUUAAUAAUGUCAAAGAAAAGGGAUGUUCAAGCGUUAAUGACGAGGCUCCAGAAGAAGAAAAACGGCUGGGAAAAUUAGGUUAUUAUACAUAUUGCGAUGAGAAUUUGUGCAAUGGAGAUUUGCUCCCAAGUAUUGAAUAA